UUAACCCGCCCAAGACGUUGGCCCAGCUGCCAGCAGCACUCAGGUAAUGGCCGGCGACUCCUACCAGCGGUCGCUCGCCGCUCCUCCCUCGCCGCGGCCCUGCCCGCUGCCCCCGGGAAGACGGCGGCAGUGAAGGCCGACGGCGGCUACAAGGACCGGGGGCUGCAGUACCGCCCACAGCCAGGCACCGGGGCGGACCUUCCGGCCGGCCGCCGCUCACCGCACUCCCCCGAACACCACGCGCGACCCGCUCCCCUGCGCGGCUCCACGGCGGUGGAGGAGCGUACGGAGCCCGGUUCCCCGCGGAGGCUGCGCUGCGCCGCCCCGGCCACUCACGUUGGCACAAUGACAGACUUUCAGAAUAACCUCUGUCAGGACAUGAUUUCUCAGCUGCAUAAUUUUGCUGCUGUUGGAGAUGCAGCCAAACUGAAAGCAUUGCUCAGUCAUUCUCCAUCACUUGUCAAUGCGGUUGCAGAUAAUGGCUGGACAGCCCUGAUGUAUGGUGCCAGAAAUGGACACCUUGAGGUUGUGCAGAUUCUUCUUGAAGAAGGGUGUGACAGGUCCAUCGUUAAUAAAUCAAGGCAGACAGCUCUGGACAUUGCUAAAUUUUGGGGGUACAAGCACAUAGCUAAUUUGUUGGCUAAUGUGAAGGGUGGGCAGAGGCCUAAUUUUCUGUCAAAUGAAGUGAAAGAAUAUGAAAAUUAUUUUGGCUUGACACUCCUGGACAGAAGGAGUGAUAAAAGAACAGAUUCCAAGUGGCUAAGCAAAAAACAAAGCCAUCCAACUACAGUAUACAUCCUCUUCUCAAAUUUAAGUCCUUUGGUUACUUGGGGUGGGGGAAUAGAGAGCUCCCAGCAGCCAGAAAUAAAGCUUUGUAGGCUGUACUACAAGGAUGUGGAGCAGUGCAUGAACCAAACUGAAGAAAGCACCUUGAUUUUUCUUGGAGUUGAACUUCAGUUCCACAUGAACCUGCUGGCUGCUUGCAAUGGAAGAGUUCUGCAAGAAGAUGAAGAGGAUGGGUUAGUUGCUUGGUUUGCUCUUAGCAUAGAUUCUGCUUCUGCUGAGACAUUUAAACAGAAGCAUGAGGACUGUUACUUUCUUCAUCCACCAGUGCCAGCACUACUGCAGCUACCUGAAAAAGAAGCUGGAGUAGUAGCCCAGGCUAGAUCUGUUCUAUCAUGGCACAACUGCUACAGAUUCUGCCCAACAUGUGGGAGUGCAACCAAGAUUGAAGAAGGGGGUUACAAGAAAACUUGCUUAAAAGAAGAUUGUCCCAGUCUCCAAGGUGUUCACAACACAUCAUAUCCAAGAGUUGAUCCUGUUGUGAUAAUGCAAGUUAUCCAUCCAGAUGGGAACCACUGUCUUUUAGGUAGGGAGAAGAGAUUUCCCCCAGGAAUGUUCACCUGUCUUGCUGGAUUUAUAGAACCUGGUGAAACAAUAGAAGAUGCUGUUCGAAGAGAAGUAGAAGAGGAGGCUGGAGUCCAAGUUGGCCGUGUUCAGUAUGUCUUUUGUCAGCCAUGGCCAAUGCCCUCCUCCCUAAUGAUUGGCUGCUUAGCUGUUGCAGUGUCUACAGAAAUCAAAGUUGACAAGGAUGAAAUAGAGGAUGCCCGCUGGUUCACUAGAGAACAGGUCGUGGAAGUUCUCAUUAAAGGAAACCAGCGUUCUUUUUUUGUAGCACCAAGUCAAGCUAUUGCGCACCAGUUGAUAAAACAUUGGAUUGGAAUGAAUGCUAAUCUUUAAUUCAAAUACUUGAUUUCUUUAAGUUAAAUUACUUCUUCUAGUGAAUGUUAAAUUAGGAAUACAUUAGAAAGAAUUGUUUAUCCAGUAAAUGUCCAACCACAUGAAUUUUUAGGCCUUUCCUUUGAUUCCUGAGCUAAACUAUCCAACCUCUGUAGGUUUUUUCAGAUAGGAGUUAGAACUGGACAGCAACCCAGUGAGUAUCCCAAGCAAGCAACAAAUAGGUAAAGUUGGUACCUUGUUGUGCACAGGCUGCUUUUUCAUUUUAGAGUCAAAAUAUUAUGCUUUUUACUAUUAUGCUCUUAAUGUUUGAUUUGGUCUUUCAUGUUCCUCACUGGAAGGAGUCACAGCAUUACAAAGAGGCCUGACCUUGCUUGCUGUUUAAACUUUGUAUUUACAUCCUCCUAUUUUGUCUUAAUUGUUUCUUUCUCAUUUUUUCCUAUCUCCAUUCUUUAAAUUCUGCCUGGCAGAAAAAUCAACAGUCAGUGCUGAAAGUCUUACCAGCAAUGGUUAUUUUUAAGUUAAUAGCAUACUUAAAUGGUGAAUAUGUAGUACUUUGUAUCUUUUACGGUAAUAGCCCUCUAAGCAGAGUAUUUACUCCUCCAGUCUGAUUUGGCCUGCACUUAGCCAAUUGUACAUCAGCCUGAAUUUAAAGGUAUAACACAAUACUCUGUUUAUGAAAAAGGUAUUGGAGAAGCAUCCCCAAAGCCUAAAUAUUAGAUAUUUUUAUAAGAUAAUAAUGUACUUACUGACCCUAGGCAGUGAGUUAUUUCAUUCUCUGGUAAUUAAAAAUGGAGCUGUAGAGUAAUGGAGAAGAAAAGUAGAUUAAUUAAACAAGACAUAAUAUGUCAAAAUAUGUACAAAGGUUUUUUUAUGGAAAUGGAGACACUGAGAUUGUUACUGCUGUUAAGAACUUUACAGUUGAAAGAAAUGUAUUAACCCCAGCUGUAAGACUGGAAAAGCAAUAUAUGAAUUAAAUAUUUACUUACCUAUAUUUAAUGCCACAGUUCAGAUUUGUGCCUUGAUUUAUUGUUAUUGAAAAGAAUGUUAACUUAAUAUUAUUUCAAUAUGGAAAGUUAUAAAAGUAUACUGGUAUUAUUAUUAAUGUAAUUAUCUAAUGGUUCAGUAGUCUGUGAUUAUGCAGUCAUUGCAGUGAUAUAAAAAGAAAUGCAAAUGACCUGAAGGAAAUACAAUGAUAGUCGUAAAUAUUAACUUAUUAUCAUAUGGUGAUUUGUGUAUUCAGAGUAAUUUGAAUAUUUUUUAAUCUGUGAACGAUGUCAGAUUUGUUUCAAAGUUCUCUGCAAACUGGAAUCAGUAAAAAUGUUUUACAAAUCGUAA